GCUGUCCAAGUUCUUAGGAUAGGAUACCAGAAUCACAGAGCAUCAAAGAAAGGGCAUACACUGAACUAAAUAUUGGCUAAAAUAUAUGGCGGUCCAAGGUGUAAAAGCUGCACAGAUUGUCUUCUCUCAGCAUCAAACAUGGAGUACUACUCAAGUAUUCUCUCCGCGCCGCUCUUGGAAACCCGCAAAAUUCACCGUCGUCGCACGGCAGAGCAGCAGCAGAGGCAGCCGGAAAGUACUCCAUGCGACGCCUCCGGCGACGGUCCAACGCCGAUCAGGGAAUUACGGUCCGGACAUAUGGGAGUCCCAUGAAUAUUCCAAGCCCGAUGACAACACUUCCAGGAGGUGGGGACAUCGAGUGGAAGAGCUAAAGAAGUAUGUGAAACGUGAAUUGUUGAGCAAAAUUGGUUGCCGGGAAGAUGAUGAUGAUGAAGAAAUGGUGGCAGAAAGGAUUGAAAUCAUUGACACAUUGCAGCGGUUGGGAGUUGGUUAUCAUUUCGAGCGCGAGAUUCAGAGUGCUCUGGGUAGGAUUGCGGCGAACCCACCAAUUGCAAACAACCUCCACAUUGCUGCCCUCCGUUUCAGACUUCUCCGACGGGCCGGAAUCCGGGAGUCUCCAGAUGUAGUUUUCCAAGGAUUUAGAGAAGAGGAUGGCAAGUUCAAGCAAGAAAUCAGUGGUGACGUGAGAGGAUUGUUGAGCUUGUACGAGGCUUCCUAUCUGGGUUUCCCAGGUGAAAUCGUUCUGGAUGAAGCCAAGAGCUUUGCCAGGACCCAUUUGCAGGAGAUUUAUCGCAAGGCUGAAACGGCCAUGGCAAAUCCCACCACCAUGCUGGUGCAGGAGGCCAAGCAAUUGGCUCGAGCCUUGGAGCUGCCAUCUCACUGGAGGACGCGGCGGUGCGAGGCGUGGUGGCACAUUGAGCAGUACAGAGAGGACAGUACAGAAGGGAUGGAUCCAGCAUUGCUUGAAUUAGCAAUGUUGGAGUUCAACAUGGUCCAGCUUGUGUACCAAGCCGAACUGGAGGAGCUCCAAGAUGGUGGAAAAAAUUGGGCCUUCCGAAGAAAUUAGGAUUUGCAAGAGAUCGAUUGACUGAGAGUUUCCAGUGGGCAGUGGGUUUAAUCCAGGAGCCUCAGUUUAGUUACUGUCGAAAGACCAUGACCAAGCUCACAUGUCUCAUCAACGUAGUGGAUGAUGUCUAUGAUGUUUACGGUUCCCUUGAUGAGCUCCAUCUCUUUACAACCGCCAUUCAAAGGUGGGACGCAGGUGAACUGGACUUGCUCCCGGAGUACAUGCAAGUAUGCUUUAUGGCAAUCCACGACACCACUAACGAACUAGCCCAUCACACGAUGGAACAACAAGGCUUCAACAGCUUGCCUUACAUCAAACAAGCGUGGCAGGAACAGUGUAGACGGUAUCUCGAAGAAGCCAAGACUUUCCACAACAAUGGUGGGUUGGACAUCCAAACAUUCGAGGAGUAUUUGGAACACGGAAGGAAGUCAAUAGCAUCAAGGAUUGUGUUGAUUCACACUUACGCUGCAUCGGGUGAGACUCUCACCAAGGAAGCUUUUAACUUUUUGGAUAGCCACCUCUGGUCGACAUUAUGGAUAGCGCAUAAUUUUGCACCGUGCUAGCUAAUUUGUUUACUCUUGCAGGCGGAACUAGAAAGAGGGGAUAUUCUCAAGUCGGUAGAACGUUACAUGAAAGAGAAGGGUGUUUCUGAAGAAGAAGCACGCAAGUACAUCGAAUGGCGAAUUGGUGAAGCGUGGAAGAGAAUCAAUGAAGAGGCUAUGGCUAACUUUGGUGGUGAUGGCAUGGCAAUGUACGUCAAUCUGGCCUUGAAUCUUGCUCGCGGACAUCAUUUCAUGUAUCACCAUGGCGACGCGAAUGGAUCCCCUACCCAAAAGCACAAAGAGCGUGCCAUGAGAUUGAUUUACCAACCAUUUCCAAUCCUAGCAAUGGAGGCUAGCUAGCUAGUCCUGCAUGCGUUGGAAAAGAACAACGUGACAUGUAUGCAUCAUUUAUUCGCGAUAGGGAGCGUCUAAAUAAUUACGUGUUGGGUUCGGUAUUGUUAGUAAAUAGUAUAUGAUCCGGCAACGAUUGAACAUCUCCCAACAACUUGAGUUAUUAUUAUGGGAUCAACUGGUUCUUAACAUGGUC